AUGGCCGCUUAUUAUUGGCAUGGAGUAGCAUUACGCAGGCAGAGAGCCUACUCGGAAGCAGAAAAGCGCAUGAAACAAGUUGUUGAGUGGCAGAAAGGAAAUUUAGGUGAAGACAACCCUAGCACAUUAUACAGCUCGCACGAAUUAGGGGCGACAUACAUCUGUAAUGGACGGUACAAAGAGGCCGAAGAGCUGUUAAUGGAAACCCUGGAGAUCAGGAAGAGAGUUUCCGAUGCCGAUGAUGCCAGUAUACUGAGUAUCAUGAUUUAUUUGGCAGAUGCAGUUGGCAGGCAAGGGCGAUGGAAUGAAGCAGAAAAGUUACAAGUACAGGUAUUGGAAGCAAGAGAAAGAGUCUUAGGUCGAGUCUUAGGUCGAGAUCACCCAAACACUCUAGACGCAAUGGGCAACUUGGCCAUGACCUACGAGGAUCAAGGACGAUGGGAGGAAGCCGAGAAACUCGAGGAAGAGGCAUUGGAAGCAUCUCGAAGAGUGUUGGGGAACGAACAUCCCAACACAUUGACCUGCAUGCACAACUUGGGCGUUAUUCUUCACCAUCUAAAUCGAUGCGAAGAAGCAAUAGCCAUGCUGUCCGAGUGCGUCAGACUGAGGAGAAAGGUGAUUGGCAUCGAUCAUCCAUAUACAGUCAGCUCUACAAAAGGGCUGCAAGAGUGGCAGGAAAAAUUGGCAAAACGGACAGGCGAGAACGAUCCCUCAGCGUCAUCUGGAUCUGGAUCUGUCCCAGCUUCUGGGGCUCUCAGCUCGAGGGAUGCGAACAGUGUCCUUCGCCAGGGUAGUCUGAAUGAACAACAGAAGGACAAGAAAUCGACGAGAAAGAGGAUUUGGCAUAAGUUGGCCCGAAGGAGUCGAGAUCGGGAAAAGCCAUGA